AUGGAUACCAGAAACACUUCCCAAAUCUACGACGAGGUUGCCAAGCACUACAGUGCCGCCUCCCAGACCACCAGCGUCAAGUAUGGCGAGACCGUCGCCAAGUCUUUUGGCUACACCGAGGAAGAGCUCGCCAACAUUCCCGAAGGCGCCAACCUCGGUCUAAGCUGCGGUAACCCCCUGGCUAUCACCAGUCUGCGCGAGGGCGAAACAGUAAUCGACCUCGGCUCCGGCGCCGGCUUCGACGUCUUCCUCGCCGCCACCCGCGUCGGUCCCACCGGCCGCUCCAUCGGCAUCGACUUCAACGACGACAUGCUUGCGCGCGCCAACUCCCUCAAAGCCUCGCGCGGGUUCCCAGACUCGCAAGUCUCCUUCAUCAAAGGUUCCAUCACCGCCAUCCCCCUCGAGUCCGGCACCGCCGACUGCAUCAUCUCCAACUGCGUCAUCAACCUGGUUCCCGAGGCCGAGAAGCCUUUGGUUUUCAAGGAGAUGCACCGCGUGCUCAAGUCCGGUGGUCGUGUGGCCGUCAGCGAUAUCCUCGCCAAGAAGCCGUUGCCGGAGAAGUUGAGAAAUGACAUCGCCAUGUACGUCGGCUGCAUUGCGGGCGCGAGCGAGAAGCAGCAGUAUGAGACUUGGCUGAAGGAGGCGGGCUUUGAGCAGGUGCUGAUUCAGGAUACCGGGGCGGAUAUCAAUGUUUAUUUGGACACGGAUGAGAACGGCAACAGGGGCGGGUGCUGCGCUCCUCCUGGAACUGUGAAGGAGGAGGAGGAGAAGUCUUCGUCGUGCUGUGCGCCAAAGAAGACUGAGUGCGCCCCUGCUGCUGCUGCUUCUUCCUCGUGCUGCAAGCCGGCUGCUGAGACUACCUCCUCUUGCUGCAAACCCGUUGAGAAGAAGGAAUCGUCUUGCUGCAAGCCUGCCGCGAAGCCUGAGGUCGAGGCCGAGGAGAAGGAGGAUCUCAACGAGUGGGUGGGUUCUUACAAGAUCUAUGCCGUCAAGAACUAG